AUGGAUCCCACCAUGACAGAACACGACUUUCGAUUUCCUCGCCGGCCCCAUCAUCCGGGCCUUCGUGGUGGUGCCGACGACGACGAUGACGAUGGGAGCGCCGCCCACCAGACCCGCGGCCUCGACGCUGCCGCCUCCGAAUUGACCCAGGCCGUUGCCGUCGCCAACAACAAAUUGCUCGGCGGCGCCUUGUUUCCAUCCCUCGAUAACGCCGGCGCCGACUCCUCCGUGUCCAUUGACCAGCUUCACCGCGAUGACCCGCUCGCCGCUCAGGUCUGGAAAUUCUACACCCAGACGAAGCUGCAGCUGCCCAACCAGCAGCGCCUCGAGAACUUCACCUGGCGCUGGAUGGCGCUGAACAUGCGCAAGCAGAAGCAGGAUGAUGAAGCUCGUCAGUUCACGGACCAGCAGACCGGUCGUCCGGCAUCACACAAUGCGCCCAGCGGAAUUGCCCAAUUGCGAAAGACUUCAGAAAUCAAUGCCGCCACCGGCGCGGACGCCAUGAAUCUCGACGAUUUCAUCUAUUCUGAAAAUGUCGCCACCCCUUCGGGUCUCAUGUCCCCGCCGCCGGCUCCCAGGCGUGACGAUGCAUCCCCCGGUGCAACGCCGGCUUCAGGAAUUCCCAUCAAGUCUCGCAAGGGGUCUUCUUCCAACCACUUCGUCCCUCAGUCUGUACCCCAAUACCAACGAACUGGCAAUAACGAAUUCAACUACGUCCAACGACACCAUCGUAAAACCAGUAUUGAUGAGCGUCGUAACCGGAAACGUCCCGCCAACUUCUCACCGCAUGUGCUCGCAGUCAAUAGCAGCAUAUCAGGCGGAGCCUCCAAUCUGGAAGCUGAUUCUGAGUUUCAGGGAUAUUCACUCAACAAUACUAAUUCAGUUACGAUGCAGCAGCUCACACAAGGCGGCAAUUCCGCAGUUCCUUUUGGUCUCGAUACCUUCAUGGACAACGACGCAGUCAUGAACCAGGCGGCACAAUUUCAACAAAAUUUUUCAUUUUCUCCCUCCAGUUCCCCAAUGAUACCCCAUGGUCCUUACUCCAACAUGUAUAAUACUAGCUCUUCGGUUCCGAAUUCGUCUCUCAACAAUGCUGACCUAUAUUCGCCAACCGAAUCGGCCUAUCAAUCAACCGUCUCCACCCCUCUGGCCUUGCCCGACAAUGAUGGCUUGUAUUUUGGUUCUCAGGACAAUCGUCAGCAGCAGCAGUCUCAAAACAUGCGACAGCAAACUGUUCAAAAUAUGGCCAACAUUGGCCACAACCAACAGUUCAUGUAUGACAGUUCCCAUAACGGGAACCAGAUAUAUUCUGCCCCUGAUACAGAGUCCGGGCCACUGUCCGCCUUUAGUACUGCUCCAAGCUCCUAUAGUCACAUUGACCCGAACCAUGUAUUCCAGGCCGACAGCCAGGUCGCAUCGCCCUCUGUGGCCAUGAGACCAGAGAACAUGUUCUCAUUUGGCGCAGACUCCGAUGAUGAGGACGGCGGUAAUGGUAUGCAAGGGCAGAACAUGCAAAUCCAUGGUGAUUUUUCAUCGUCCAUGGAUGACGUAGGACCCAUGGGGUGGGACGCCUCUCUUCCAGGACAGUUUAGCACACAGGCUGCUCGGUUCCCCGGCGGGCCACCGCGCAAGCAAGUCAUGAUUGGUGGUACAACGACUGACUAUGUUGAACACAAUGGCGAGUGGGAGAACUCUGGGUUAGAACGGUCGCAGUCCUUCAAGGCCGGCAGUGACAAGAUGCAGCAAAGACUUCCUCGGACAGCAUCAACCCCGUCGCACAUGGGUGCCAAGCACAGUGGCUUCGAGCAAGUUGCCCAGAGCUUACCUACGUCCCCGGGUGACGCUGCGCCUGGUUCCAUGUCAGGCUUCUCUUCUGCUGCUCCGAGUCGCCCGUCUUCUCCUCCCGGCUCCAAACAUGGCUCAUCAGCCAACUUGCAGGUUGCUGGCGGCAGCCAGAACGAUGGUGGUGCGCCAACAACUUGCACUAACUGCUUCACACAGACGACUCCUCUAUGGAGACGAAAUCCCGAGGGCCAACCUCUCUGCAAUGCUUGCGGGUUAUUCCUCAAGCUUCACGGAGUCGUUCGACCCCUGAGUUUGAAAACCGAUGUUAUCAAGAAGAGAAACAGAGGUUCGGGGCCCAAUGGAUCUGGCGGCAGCGUGAGGUCAAGGAAGAACCCGGCCGGCUCAACAGCCGCAUCUCGCAAAAGCUCAACCUUGUCCAUGGCAACCGUGUCUGCAAGUAGCACCAAUCUCAAUACCACCGCCAACGCCAACAGCAGCAGCACCUCGCCUCCUGGCGGCCGAAGCGUCCUGCCCAAGGACAGCGAAAGCCCUGUAGCUACAAGCGUGGGCUCUGGUCCUAACACGGCCGGCAGCACUCCAAACAGCCAUUACGGUAACAUGGGCAAUACCGCUGCUGCGGGCGGCAAAGGUGUUGUUCCCAUUGCUGCAGCUCCCCCCAAAGCAACCCCGGGGCCCGGGGCCUCGUCGUCCUCGCGGUCUGGACAGGCGUCGGCUUCAUCCAAACGACAACGCAGGCAUAGCAAGAGCGUCGGGACUGAAGCUACUUCGGGUAUGGAAAUUGACAGCCCCACUGAAACAUCGUCACCCGGCGACUUGUCACGAUCCAUUGGCCAUCCUCCAAGCAUGUCCUCCAUUUCCAGCACCAUGCUCUCGGGCAGCUUCGGGAUGGUGCCUCAAAGAAACCCCAUGGCUCACGGCGGCAUGAUUCAAAUGAACCACCAUCAACCUGGUGCUGCUCAGCAUAGCGCGGGGGGCCCUGCGACGGGACCCCAGGAGUGGGAAUGGCUAACAAUGAGCCUUUAA